UACUCAGAGAGUCCACGCUAGUAGGUAAUCGUGAAUAUCGUAAAAUAAUAAAGUAACUUCGUGAUAUUGAUUGGAAACUACCCAUGAAGAAAUAUUCUUUACAUUUUUAUUAAAUAAUAUCGAAUUGAUUGUCUAUUCCAAAAUAAUGUAAAACAACAUUAAGAAGGAAAUGCAAGAAAUUUGCGAGAGUCACGAAACAAGCAAACGACUUAAUUAAAAUAAUAAACUAGAUUUCGUGUUUAAGUACAACUUUUCAUUUUAGAUUAAUAAUUUAAGCUAGAAUUUGUCACACUUUCUUGCUAAAAAUACUUUUUGGGAAGUGGCCAGUUCUUUUGUCAUGGCCAGUUUGAAAUCGGAAGAGGAAUGUCAGACUAAUGACCCAAAUAGCGAAUUUCCUAUAGAUGCUGAAUCAUCAUUGAGUCUACCACUAGAUAGUUCUAUGUGUAUACUGUUUACUGGACAUUACAAUGGGAUUGGUGUUGAGGUUAGGUCCUUGGAUGAGAUGGCAUUGUUACACCAUAUGGGAUGUUUUGGUAAAGGGACUGCAUCUAGAUCUAAGCCUCAAAUAGUACACAAUGAUGGCAGUCCAACUAUUAUGCGGAAAAGGCAAUUCUUAAAGCGUAAUUAUUGGCAUAAGAAGUUUGGUACAUCGCAAAAAUCUAUUGAUUCAGAUACUUUUUUCAAAGAAGUGAAUGACCUGGUUUCAAAGAUUGUUCAUGACACUAGAAAAAAAUUGGGAAAGGAUGUUAUUGAUUUGGUUUCAAGUGACGAAGAGAUGGUACAAGAAACAGAAAGUUUGAAUAACCAAACUGAAUUUGACAUACCUGAUAAACAAAACCUAGUUGUUAUAGUACCAAAUAGUGAUUCUGAGGAUGAUAAUUAUUUUGCAGAUUUUAAACCUCAAUGUUGUGUAGAUAAGAUUGUGUUGCAAGAAAAGCUAAUGCUCUCUUUAGAGGAAGCUUUUUUUUUGUUAUAUGGACUUGGAUGCUUACAAGUAAUAAAUAAUGAAAACCAAAUACUAAAUAUAGAAGAAUGUUGGAAACUAUUUAGUGAAAGUGAUAGAUAUUUUAUUGAGAAAUAUGUUGUAUAUCAUUAUUUUAGGUCUAAAGGGUAUAUUGUUAAACCUGGAAUUAAAUUUGGUGGUGACUAUGUACUGUACAGAGAAGGUCCAGAAAUAAAUCAUGCUGAUUAUAUAAUUGUUAUUAAUUAUGGGAAUAACAUUUCUGAUUGGAUAUCUUUAUUUGGACAAAUUCGAAUGGCUACAACAACUGUCAAGGAAGUUAUAAUAGUGGAAGUGCUGAAAUCCAGUAAAGAUAAUUUAAACUUGCCACAAGAUCUUAGUGAAUUUAGUGUAAGAGAAUUGUUAAUAACUAGAAAUGUUGCUAAUAUAAUAAAUGAUGACAGUGAGUUUGACUAAAA